GUUGAUGAAGAACUAGAGUUGACUAACUUAUGCAACAAACAAGAUGAAACACUAGGACUAGUUCUCUAGAACCUCAAGUAGAACAAGAAUUUUGAUAGCGUGGUAGAACCUUACUUCAUCACCACGGUUGUCAGCCGCAACUAGUAUCUGCUCUUCUCGACCGAGAAAGGGUAUAAGACGCAGAACUAGUACAUCACAAAUAAAAUGGAGCAACAGGGUGGCGCCGCCUCCAGUUCGAACCCGCCGGGCGGCGCGGGCGGGGGGAGUAAAGACGACGAUGCCGAUAUCCACAGUAAAUUUCCCGUACACGACGUACAAAUGCAGUCUCUGCAUGAGAAAACUUGCCUUCAGUCCUAGUCUAGCAUGACAAGUUGGACACUGCAAGUUAGCAAGAUUUGUCAUGCUCAUUUUGUACAUAUGCGGGAAAUUUACAUUGCAUAACCGAGCCGGAAGUAAAGAUCGAGGGCGAAUCCUUUGGCUUCCACAAUCUGCACACGAUAAGAAACGCGAAAAUCCGCGCGGAGGUCCGGCUGAAACUGCAGCGGCAGAAGGCGGCUAAACUAGCGAACGCGGCGGGUGCGGAUGCGAGCCCGAAGUCUCUAGCCUUUUCCCCCUCUAUCCUGAGAAAAAACGUUCCCACCCCAUAGUCAAGAUGGGAAAUAUGCUAGACAAAUCAGCCACUUUUGGUUGUUGCGCAUGACAAGUUUGGCCAUGUUGUAGUGCAUGCCGGUUUGGCUGGCUCAGAUUCAGAAGCAUCACAGAUCUAGCAUAUCACGCUUAUUCGCGCAUCACAAAUUCCAAAACACGACUAGGGAAUGCUUCUCAUGGGUCUGCGCAUGAGAAACAUUAUAGGCACGCAGGUUUGCAUGACAACUCUGGGGUGGGGACGUUUUUUCACAGGAUACCCUCUGGGCAGUUGCUACCCAUAAAAAUCCUCGACCAGCACGGAAACAAAACCAGCAACAAGGGGGCAGCCUCGAGCAACGACGUAACUGAAACGGUGGACGUGGAGAAAAUCCAGAAAUCCUGUCUCGGAUUGGGUAACCCGUCCUUUCUAUGCAUUGCAAAUAUGUCUGGGUCUGGAAAGUUGGAACUUGUAAUGCUGGUCUUGCAUUCCUGUGAGAAGAUCUGUAUUGCAUGACCAACAAAAGUCGCAGCCUCUCUUGUCAUACAACAACGCAGUUUCUCAUGCGGAGUGCGUAUGAGGAAGCGCUCUGCAAACUUGUCACGCUGUCCUCCAUGAGGGAGCGUUUCUGUCAUGCACAUUCUAGCAUCACAAAUUUCCAGACCCAGACCUAUUUGCAUUUGAUGCCUUCUCGAGAGGGUCAAGAUGGAAUUUGACUUGAAGCAGCGAUAUCAAAUGCAAAAAUGCUUGGGUCUGGAAGAAUGCAGAUUUCUGCCAUGCUGUUUUUGCAUGACACGGAAGGUCUGGCAUGGAAGCCGGCCCUAGCAUCACAGGUCUUGAGAAGGUUUCGCAACGCCUAAUCCGCAUGACAAAUCGACGUCCACUUCGGUGCCAGGAAGUGAGCAACUUUUGCUGCCUAUGCAUGAGAGGUUUGUGCGUGCUGUGAAAUGCGCAUCACAGGUUCGCAUCCUUCCAGACCUCCCAGACACGUUUGCAAAAAUGCAUAAGUGACCACAAACCGCCCCGAGCGACGGGCAGCUAACGGACUACGUUUCGCGAAAUAAAAACAAAACGAACCAUAUCCUCUGCAAAAAAACUCCCACAAAAACGAAAGACAUGGCGCAACUUUUUGCAAAGAUACUGCAUGACAGAUGAAUUUUGCCUUGUAGUACUUAAACUUAUGCUGAUAUUACCGGAGUUACUAGCAUUACAAAUUGCACACUAUGAGUGCUGCACAGGUCGUAGUUUUUGGUGCAAAGAGGAGUGCUUUUGCAGUGCAUAAACCAGUUCAAGCUGAGCGAAAGGGAAAAGAUCUACGCGAAGAUAAAACAGGAACGGUUCCACAAGGAGUUACGGGUAUAAAUAUAAUUCGAGCUUUUUUUCCGUACUCUUGCCGUGCAUCCGUUUUUCUGCAUGACAAAAGCCCAGUACUACAGUAUGCGGGUCAUCUCUGCAUCGCAAGUGAUCGCAUUUAACGUAUGCUAUACGUGAAAUAAAGUUUGGAGAUCAACAUCAUCUCAUCAAACAUGAAAAUAACUAUCAGGUAACCCGGAAUUUGAAUUCAGCUAAACGGGAGAAGAUGGAGGGUGUGAUAAACAGCGGGGUUUCUUACUUGAACAAGAUGGCCUACCUGCAGGAAGAGGGAAAAUACGCCAGGAAGGGGCUGCUGCUGAACACCGGCGCGGGGGGUUCUGGACCCAGUGGGAAGUAUGGUUGGUGCAAACAUGAUGUCAGGGUCGUUCUCCGGAAAACUGUGCAAAGAGCAUUUUUCACAAACUAGCUCCCAGUUCUUGAUCAUGCAUCGGAAAGAAUAUUAUCGCCAUAGUUCCUCCACAGCAUGCAUCACAGAUAUGAACAAUAUGGUUGUCCUUCAAACUUCGCAUCACAAAUCGAGACCCAGAUCGACGAUGUUUGCAAUGCAUAGGACGAAUCUGAUGAUGACCAUGAUCCCCGGGUUUGCGCAGUUUGGAAAAAAGCCCGCCGCCGGGGAUGAGGAAGUUCUAGACGAGGAAUGGAGAAUACGAAGAUGGGCCGCCUUCAUGUUGCAGCAGAGCUUCGCAUGUACUUGUAAAGUUGUCUUUGUUUUUUUUUUGUUCCAAAAGCAAUAGCAAAACGAAAGUAGAAAUUUCACAAAUUUCAUUUUCCCACUCCAGCUAUCAUGCACCGUCUGCUGCUGAACAAUUCCCCCGACGCGCGGAAGCGGUACAACGAGGGCCGGUGGUGCGCCAUGGUUCGGGUAUUUCGGUUUAUCCACAAGUUGAAGCGUGCAGUGCGCGGUACAAAGGUGUUCCGGUUUCUCUUUAAGAUCGCGCGGGUGCGGUAGAAAAUGUAAAUAUGUCUGGGUCAGCAUCUUACGUAAGGGAAAAUUUUCCACCGGCCCCAGUUUUCCACAAAAUGCAAAAUUUUUUUCAACAUAUGUAUCGCAUAGCAGGGGACUCGCUGGGCGGCAUUCGAUUCCGGCAACCCAGGUCGACUCCCAUUCCGCGGCCUCGGAGUUGUUUUAUGGAAGACAAAAUCUGAACUAGCUAGUGGCGCACAAUAGAUACGCUAACUUUAAGGCUUUAGAGCUACGACACCGCAGCACCUCCGGCUCCGGAUCCACUCCACCUCUCCGGUUUCGGCUUCCAGAUUUUCCGGCGGGAUGGAGGCUGCCGGUUUCGUCUGCUGCAGUACGUCGUCGCGAGGCCGUUUCGAUGCCGCGUCUCGACACAGCAAACAUGCUCGCAGAUCUGCUGCCAAUGGCUCGCCGUUGGUUGUGGGUAGAUGAGUACCUCAGCACUGUCGCCAUAAUUGUAGAUCUCCCUGCACCCAAUGACGGCGAUGAACUUGAAAAGCCCAAACCACUAGUGCCUGUGUUGCUCGAUUCGUAGCAUGCUCCUCACGGUGGCAACAGGCAACAGGACGCACCUAGAACCAACAAAGAAAAAGCCCCUGUCCUGCUUGGGCAUAUUUGGGACCUAUGUCCCCGGACUGCAGGACAAGAUCUCUUGCGAGGCCCCCCCGGGUGCGCCACUCUGUGACCCAAAGAGUGGCCACUGAAUUUGUGUCGGUCUGACGGACCAGAACAGUUCCGAAUGGAAACACACUCUGGAGGUGACCGGAACCGCGCGGGCGUUUCCGCAGCUCGGGCGGAUGCACCGCAGCAACAACCACUGCAGCAAGAGCUCGAAAGUGUCGCGCUAUGCUUUGCAAAGAUGCUGCACAGGUAUAGGAACUGACUCCGCAUGGUGGGCCAGCCAUAGGAGAACGCACGCAGUGGCACAGAGCUGGCUCCUGAGCCGCAGAGCGUUAACCAGGCCACCUUACCUGCGCAGCACCUUUGCACAACAUACGACGCUACACGCCGCCGCGAGAAAAAUACGAAAAGGGCUUCAGCAAUGGGGUGACCUACCAAUACUGGAAAAACGCGCGCAAAAGAGUCGGAAAGCGACUCGAGACAAGGACGGCAACAGUGUCUGCUGCUAGAAAAUUGGCCACACCGGACGCCGAAUGACCCCACCCUCGAGGGCCCCCCGCCCGACGAGAAUCCCUUUGCCACCCCGGUAGCGCGCUACCGCCCCAGAUGGGCCGACUUUGUGCUCUCCGGGGGCUAUGCCUCUCCGAAAGACAUGCAUGGCAGAUUUUUCCGCAAUGCAGACUGUGCAUGACAUGCCUAGAAGGAGCUCCCCCGUGGCAGACACUUUUGCGCAGCAUAAAGGGUGGGAAUUCUCCCAAACAGGCGCCAGGACAUAACGCGGGAGGGAGGGUGGCAAGACUUAAAGGACGCACUCAAGACAGGCACGCGUCCCACUUUUCCAAAACUGCCACGCUGGACCUAGGCACCCUAGAGAACACAAAACCCCCAGGCAGCCCCGCGCCACCUGAUUUCGCCGGCCCACCACCCCGGGCGCCAUUUUUUGGGCGCCUUGCCCGAGACGCCAGUGGCCUUUGCCUGACCGCGUGGGCAUCAAAGUCGCGCGAAAGGCGCGCAGAAGGCGACUCGGUGGGGCCUCCAGUUCUUGGCAACGUUGGUUACCGGCGACCCCGGAGACCUCCCCUGGACACUCACGAGGAAAUUGGGCAAAUUCGACCCGGUUCGGGGCGCCCAAAAUGGCCACAAAAUCGACCGACUCAGGUCCUUAUUCAAAAACGUCCACAAGAAACGAAAAAAAUCGCGAGACCCCCGGGGGAGACUGGCGAGGCGGGGGCCCUUCGGCUCGUCUCGGUUUUUCGCUUUCGGCUCCUUCGGCGCCGGCCCCUCCGGCGCCGAAAUGCCGCGCGCCGGCUUCUGGCUACCCUGGCGCGGCAAAUUGUUGCGCCCCCCGCGCGGCCCGGGCCGGCCGGAGUCUGCGCCCCCUGCGCCCGUCGCCCUGUGGCAUUUUCGCGCCGCAGUCAUACUCCUCUUUAUUUUCAUGAGCCCGCACACAGCCGCCCCCAUCUUGUGCGGCGGCGCGGAGGCAGGGCGGUGGGGUGGCUGCCGCGCAAUAAGGUGGCAGAAAAAAAGCCGGGCGCUGUGUUUGGCAAUCAUAGCGAAGGCCAUUGUGGGUUCGGCCCGCAUCGGGGACGCAAUCGGCGUCGACGAGAACGACACGCAGCGGCAGCAGGCGGCGCAACCAGGAGGGCAGGCUGCGCAACAGGAUGCGGCCGGGCUUGCUCAGGAUGACGAUCCCGAUGGGCCGCUGAGCCCAAUUUCACCCCACCAGCCAGCUCCAGCACGAUCGGCGGUCUUCGGAAGGUCGUCGCCAACUCGAACGACGAGCCGGCCGGGGCAAAAGAGAAGGGGCUCCCGACCUGUUUCAGGGACGCCAGAACGCUGAUCCCCGGGCCCAGCAUGUGCAUGAACUGCUUCCGUUUCUCCGCCUCAAUUUGUCGCGGCCGCGCCCCCGUUUCAUAUGGCGCGCAAGAAGUUUCAUGCUGCUACGAACCUAGACAAGUGCAAAGCAGUGCUUUUUGGGUGACUAUCUUCUAGCAGGCCGGUGGCUUCUUUGGUGAUUCCAAGAGGGGCACUUGGCACGGCCUGAAGGUGCUUCUUGUAAAUGCGCAACAUUUGACGCCUCUGGCCUGUUGGUGUUGCGGCUCGUGCUGUGAUUGGUGUUGGGCCUUGUAUCGGCCCCGGCCAAAAGGGCCUCACUUUGGCGGACCGCGUUCCGGGUUUUUGUAGCUACUAGCGCCGGAGACCUUCCGCCCUGUGACUUCAAGCGCGGCGAUUCUAUUUCCUGAAGGCUGCGCGAUCGUGAUCGAUAUUGCAGGGCCCUGGUUUGCUAUCGUGCCCACUACGAUCUUCCUGCCGCUCCAUUCUGCUGAUUUUUGGGCUUUGGGGCGUAGGCAGCUGCUGCUGACAUGCAAUGAAGUGGCCGCGCAUUGGUCGGAGAAGGAAGGCCAUUGCGCCAGUCGUCGCUGUUUCUUCGUUUGUUCUUGCUCGCUAGCUGCCUCCCGACCGCCACCAGAUCCGGAUGCGGAGAUCUUGCCGCACAAGGUCCCACAGAGGCCCGUCCAGAUGAACCUCGGCGAACAAUAACUGCUGCGCUUCGGGACGAGGUAUCCGCACUACAACGUCUACACCGCUGGCCGCUGCUCGGAGCGUCCGCCUUGCUGACCUCCAUGACGGUUCAUCCUGCCGGGCUACAGAAAAUUGUCUUAGAAAAUAGGACAAAGCUACACGCAUCUUCAAAGUGUUAGUCUUAAUCUAGUUACUAUUGUGCGCCGCUAGCUAGUUCAGAUUUUGCAUUGCAUAUCAUUGAACCCGGAUGCGCGGCCACGAGGAACUUGGGAAAGUGGACCAAGGUGACGCACAACGUCAGCCACUACCGGAGGAGACGGAGCGAUUUUUUUUUUUUUCAAUUUGUGGAAAACUGGGGCCGGUGGAACAUUUUCCCUUACGUACAUCUCGAAACUUGUGUUGCUGCUACUUGCGUCGCACACUACCCGCUUGCUCGGCUUAACAGCAUGACAAGUUUUCCUCAGCUUCUUGCAUAUUCGUUCGAUUUAAGCAUGAGAAACUGCUAUAAUCCAGCAUGACAAAAAAGUUGGUCAAUCCUAUUCGGACGUCGUGCAUCACAGAUAUGAUUUUCCUUGAAGUUUCGCAUCACAAGUUUCCACACCACCUCCCAGACGUAUUUGCAAUGCAUAUAUGAUACCGGUUGCUGAUAAAACCAAGGAUCAAGAAGUUCCACGCGCAAAGGCUGGUAAACUUCCUCGCGAGAACAACCCCGUCCGUGUAUCCUGAGUAAAAACGUACCCACACCAGAGUCAAGAUGGGGAAUCGGCUAGACAAAUCCACAAGUUUUGGCUGUUUUGCAUGACAAAUUUGGAUUCGUAGUGUAGUGCUGUUUGAGCUACCUCAGCAGCAUCACAGAUCUAGCAUACCAUGCUGAUUAGAGCAUGACAAAUUGCAAAACACGACUAGAAAAUGCUACUCAUGGGGCUCCGCAUGAGAAACAUUUUCAGCAUGCAGAUUUGCAUUACAACUCUGGUGUGGGUACGUUUUUACUCAGGAUACCGUGCCGAUAAUAGAGGGCCUGAAGCGGUUUUUCGAGCACGUGAAGUGCAUCCAGACGAAGUUUCGCACGCACUUGAGCCUGAUGCAACCCUUUCUGAAGCUAUCCACAGUUAAUUUCCAACCGUACAAGUACAAAUGCCGUUGCUGCAUGACAAAGCUUGUUCCUUUCAAUCCUGUUCAGCAUGGCAAACUGUGUGCCCUAAGUUGUUGGCGAAAUUUGUGAUGUAUUUUGUACAUGCCAUGGGGAAAUUUGUAUUGCAUAGAAGCAGGCGUCGCACUUUUUCGAACAAACAGAAGGGUUAAUGCUGAAGGAACUACAGACGUACGUCCAAGUCGAACGACCGGUCCGAUUUGCCGAAGCGGGAAAGGACUUACUAGGGAAAACGGAGCCCGGGAUGUGUAUUUUGAUGAUGUCGAUAUAUUCAUUUCAAUGUUCCAAUCCUCUUUUGCCGUCAGAGACCGUGUGCAUUUGUCAUGCGGAAAGGUUUGUGGAUACGCAAGUAUGAAAAGACGGAGGGUUUUGAUGCUUCUGAAAAAAUAAAAGAUAUUCGUAUUCCAUCAAACAACAGUAUCCGGGCGGCGCCUCAACGAGCGCGAGCACUUCGUCGCAGAGUACAAGAUGCCGGCUGAAGUGCGGGACGCGUUUUUGACGGCAGAGUUAGUGGAGAGACUCUAUGUCCGAAUGCAGCGGAAUGCAAAGCAGAAGCUGGCUUUUAAGAGCAGCAUGGGGUACUACUAAGUACUUCCUUCUAUGAUCAUGGAUGAAACAGUACGAAGCAAAUGUUCCACUUCUUCUCGCUGCUGUGCAUGACAGGCUGGUGAUGAAUCCGGAUAUCAUUCUGUGAUGCGAAAGCGCAUUCAUAGGACAACUUCCUAACGAAUAACAAACAUAAAAAACGAAAACCAGGUUCAUCCACGAUUACACGCACUUCUGGCGGCCGACUUUUGACGUCAACUUUUUUGACGUGUUGAAGGAUCAAGUGGAUCUACAGGACGACGACGUGGGGCAAAUUCCCUGCCAGCUCGUGUUUACGAAGCCGGAGAUGGAACUCAUUGUAGUCGCAAUGCACCGGACGUUUGGGCUGUUGCCCGGAUCUAUCAAAUGCAAAAAUGUCUGGGUCUGGAAGAUUCUGAGAGUUGUCAUGCAUGUUUUGCAUGACCCAGGAUGUCUGUAAUGCACGACCUAGCGGCACAGAUUUUCUAGAGGGCUUACUGAUCAUGCCUACUCCGCAUGACAGACGCCCUCCCCGCGUAGCACAAAGAACUAGACUCCUCUUGCGGGUCAUGCAAUACAGAUUUUUUUAGAGUCCAAAGUUGGCAUCACAAGUUCCAACCUUCCAGACGCAGACACUUUUGCAUUUGAUAGGAUCGACGUCGAAAUACAGUGAAGAGAUUGACAAAGAUCCAAACGUAUCCGCUGCAAAAGUAUCGUGCAAGUAGUUCCUGCUAUAGCAGCACGACAAGGAUUUAAUAUAAAUCCCAUCACUAAAAAACGGAUAUACCUCGCAUGACUAUUCCCUUUUCAACAAAACAAGCGCUUAAGUAGCAAUGCUAAGUUUUUUCCGAUUUAGUUUUCCCGUAGAAGUUUACGUUACGAGGUAGCUUAGCAUAUACUGGCUUUAGUAGGCCUCUGAAUGGCAAAGGGACGAACUGCCCGUAGACCUCCGAUGUGAUGCGGUAUUCGCACUUGUUGUGGUGGCAACAAUUAUGCGAUGCCAAAACCUUUUUUGAUCGCGUACUUAUUUACAAGCGCUUACGUAGAAGUAGCCUUACUAAGUUUUCCAAUUUAGCUUUUCAGUAGAAGUUUACACUACGUAGUCGCGAUUUAUUGGUUUUAGUAGGCCUAGAAAAGGCACAGGGACGGACUGCCCUUAGACCUCCGAUGUGAUGCGAAAUUUUGCACACUACUUCAGCCACGAUGCUUUUGUGAUGCAUAGACCGGGUUUCAAACGGAGAACGCGCUGGAAUUUAAGGAACGAUACUUCAUGAAGAAAAAACCGGGCGUCACCUGCCGUUCCAUGCGGUAUCCCACAGAUGAAAAAAGCGAAGCACACCAUAUCAAAAAUCUGUGAUGCAAAAAUCAAAAAUGAUCCGCCAUAGCCGAGCCUAUACGCGUGCUGUGUAGAUGAAGGAUACGUGGCAAUACUAUUAUAGAUACGUAUUGGUAUUCAUUUUUGCAUCACAUGUAGUUGACCAUGACGUGUUAGCAGCUUUUUUUUCUGUGUGAUAUGCGGGAAAGGCUGCAAAGGAGGGUGACCUAUUUCGUCGCGAGCAGCCGGGGCAUGAGUGCGAUCGAUAACGAGGACGAGGAAAAUGAGGGGAAAAAGGAGCUGAUAAAGGACGAGUUGGUGUUGCGGGAGAGUGACUCUGCGGAAGCAUCUAUGACAAUGCAUAACUCCCCUCCAUUCCCUCAUUUGUCAUGCAAAAUACCCAAUCCACCCUUUGUUUCUUGGUAGCGCUUACAUGGCAAGUUGUGGUAGCCUAAGGAGACACUCAUGUGAUGCAAAUUUGUCAUGCAAAACCGGCACUCUUGUUGAUGCUUGUAUUGCCGUUCGUGCUUUACAAAUGAGGGGGAGGGAAAGUAGUUGUGCACUGUCAUAGCACCCAACGCGGAAGAGGACGUCGGUUUGUCGAUGAUAAACGGAGGCAGCACAACGGCCGGGUCUGGCGGUAGCUUCAGAAGGUCGGGAAGCAGGAUGGAAGUGCGUUGAAAAAGUAGAAUAGAAUACCGAUAUAACAAUAACUUCAACCUGCACGACGACCCGCCUCAUUGCUCCUGUCGCUCUCUGCUAAUCGAAAAAGUGAUCAAAAUGAACCAACACUUUCACUCUACUACGCGAUUUUCGUAGUGCUGCGAUAACAAAACUUCCAUUACUCAAGUCUUCGAAACAAAAAGCGUUUUAGAGUUUUCAAAAUGAACGGUGGAGACUGUAGAAUUUCUCAGUUUCAUAGUCUGACGAAAACAACUUCUGGUGCUCGAGUCCACAAGCUGCGGCACGACUUCCGAAAAUUGUAUAAUGCUGUCGCUGUGCAGCUGCGUGCCGAGCUGUUUUGUAAAGACAAAGAGCAGAAUGAAAAUGAAUCAUACUUCGAUUUCUUUUGUACCAAACGAUAACGAACGAAAAAAGACUCAUAUCAAGUUCCACUCCUCGUCCCUCGUGCUUGCACAGUCGAGUUUGAUGAGAUGUGACUGAAUCCAAUGCAAUACCAACCUGUUCCUCUUCACCGGCUCUCCCAGAACUGAAAAAUCUCUGAAACCUGCUUGAUGGUGCUGCUCAACGCAUCAUGAUUGAAGAUGAU